UGUAUUUCAUGAUCCAGAUCACAGAUAGUGCCACUUGUGUGUUUGCUUACAUUUUGACAAAAGCAUUGGUGACAACCAAAAAUUUACAAGGGGAUUUAUUCAGCACUGGCUUCCAAAAUGGCUCCCAUGGUGGUUGAGACUGAUGAAAUAAUUCCUGCUGCAGGAAAUGAAACUAACAUAGUUAUACAAGCCAUUAAAAAUGAAGAUGAAAAGAUUAAAUCAUUGAAAGAACUCAUUGAAAAAGAGAAAAACAGAUUAGCUGCUCUCAAUAGACUAGUGCAGUUACACCAAGGAACCCUGGCAGCUAACUCCACUAGUAAUGUUCCUGCAGAUAAGAUCUUGUGGCUGGGUUCCGUGCCCAGCGUGGAGUCAGUUGAUGCCUUAACUCAGCUACUUGAAAAUGACCUCUCCAUGACCACCCAUUUCUCAGGAUACUCUAUCAACAAUUGCAGAGUUCUACACUUGAAUGCAACUGAAGACAUCAUCCACAAGCUGUAUGAGGUCACACUCAAAGUAGCAAGCUUCACAGUAGAGAUAACAUUUGAGUCAAACUUACAGGUCACAACUGGCAUUGAGAAAGUGUCUGCUGUGCAGAAGCUAUCGUUUCUUCCAGCUCUUCCUGAGUUGGCUGCAUUCCAGCAUCACGUCACUGAAUCGUGCUGCAUUUACCUCAUUCCUAGAGGCCUGCACACUCUCCUAAAAUUAGAGAGCGCCCAGCAAGAGGUUGUUGACUGGUCUCGGGACCAAAUUAACAUUGAAGUAGCUACAUCGGCUCGUCUAAGCCUGGUACUGAAUUAUGUGCCUUUUGGUAAGAACACUUCCGGGACUCCAAAGAUUUUGACACCACAGAAAUCUCCCGUCAAAUACACUGCUAAGAAAACUCCUCCGGGUAAAGAAAAUCGCCGAACUCCGACUGCGGUGAAACAAGAGCUGUCCUUGAAGCAAAAAACAUCAGGUAACAUCACCGCUGACGAUGCCUGUGUCACUCUCAGAUGGACCGUUGCCUACAGUCGGGACUUGAGGAAUUUCAGGCAUCGGUUUGGUCUUCACGCUCCUCAGGCAGUGCAGGAACGCUACUCGCAGAAUAAUGCCAUCCUGCCGCUGCUGAGAGGCGAGCAAGACAUCAGAUCUGCCAGCGACGUCAUCAAACUGUUCUCCACUCUUUCCCACUAACUAUUCGCAUUCUCCCACUGACCCUCUACACUGUCCCACUGACUCCACUCCACACUCUCCCACUGAUUCCAUUAAGCACUCUUCGUCUGACUCCACUUCACGCUCAAGGAAGAAACUUCAACUCCAAUGCCCGUCAUUUAGGUGCGAGAACUGAUCUGUACGAGGAAAAUAAAAUCUGACGUGGUUAU